UUUUAAUACGCAAAACCGCCAGGCUUUGAAGGAUGUUAUUAGAAAAGGAAAGGAAAUGGAUGCCAGUGAAAAUAUGCGUUGCAGUUCGGAGAAACACGGCGACUUACGGGUGUCAUUUUGAAAGAGAAGACGAAAAAGACUUGGAGGAGUGUGUAACAAGCAACCAAAACAACUUCACCCGGGGAAUAAAAACAUUCGGCUGCCUCGGAGGAGUCAACAAGUAAAGAGCGACCCAUCAGCAGGAGAAAACAAGAGGUUAGGCGACUUGCCAGACUUUGUAAGUGAAAGUGACUUAUGAAACUUCCUCCAGAGAAUGGCUACAGCUGGUCCAGUCUCCACCGAGGGAGGGAACCCCAGUAAUGCAGUUUCUAUGUUUUGGAGGAUGAGAUUGUUUCCUCAGAGAGGACCCGCUGGACCUCUUAGGAUGGCGUCUGUUGAAGGCCAGGCCUCUCUGAGUGCGUCACAGACAAAUAAGAGAACUAUCGGCCAUCGUGGGAUUGACCCCACCGGGGAGACUACAUACAAAAAGACAACCUCAUCUGCUCUGAAAGGUGCAAUCCAGCUGGGCAUAGCACACACAGUGGGCAGCUUGAGCCAGAAGCCAGAGAGAGAUGUUCUUAUGCAGGACUUUGAAGAAGUGGAGAGCAUUUUCUUUCCCAGCGAGGGCAGUAAUUUAACUCCUGGCCACCACCAUGGCGACUUCAGGUUUAAAACCUAUGCUCCAGUUGCCUUCCGCUACUUUAGAGAGAUGUUUGGGAUUCGGCCUGAUGACUACCUUUAUUCUCUGUGCAACGAUCCUCUGAUCGAGCUUUCAAACCCUGGGGCCAGUGGAUCUGUGUUUUAUGUCUCAAGUGAUGAUGAGUUCAUCAUUAAAACUGUCCAGCACAAGGAGGCAGAGUUCCUGCAAAAAUUACUUCCUGGAUACUUUAUGAACCUGAACCAGAACAAGCGUACCCUUCUUCCAAAGUUCUAUGGACUGUACUGCAUUCAAGCUGGAGGGAAGAACAUCCGCAUCGUAGCAAUGAACAACCUACUGCCACGCGCCGUGCCCAUGCGCCUCAAAUACGACCUGAAGGGUUCCACAUAUAAGCGUCGUGCCUCCCCUAAGGAGAGAAUGAAGAGUCUUCCUACCUAUAAAGACUUAGACUUCAUGCAGGACCUGCCCGAUGGCCUCCUACUAGAGACGGAUCACUACAACGCACUAUGCAAGACCAUCCAACGAGACUGCCUGCUGCUGCAGAGCUUCAAGAUCAUGGACUACAGUCUACUGUUGGGGAUUCACAAUGUGGACCUGGCUGAAGAAGAAGGUUCUAUGCCAGUGCAGAAGAGGAAUCAGGGCCAGAAGCCCCUCUACUGCACAACUAUGGAGGCGAUCCAAGGCGAGGUCAAGGGCAAGGCUACACCACAGUACAGUGAGAGCACGGGAGGAGUGCCAGCACAUAACUCAAAGGGGGAAAGGUUGCUGAUCUUUAUUGGUAUUAUUGACAUCCUGCAGUCUUACAGGUUGGUGAAAAAAUUGGAGCACUCCUGGAAAGCCCUGGUUCAUGAUGGGGACACAGUGUCUGUACACAGGCCUGGCUUCUAUGCAGACCGCUUCCAGAAGUUCAUGUGCAAUACAGUUUUUAGGAAAUCAUCAUUAAAAACAUCCCCUUCUAAGAAGGUGCGAGGACCAAUUGCAGGGCAACGCAAGGCGAACAGUGCAGUGGGUGGACAAAGCCAGCCUGGUCAGCUGUCACUUAUGGUAGCACAAAGUAACUCGGAACAAACUCAGUCAGACGAGGAGUCGACUCCCGUACUUGGUGACAGUGCUGUAACUCCCACCUCAGACACACCAGGAAGUGGAGAGAACGAGCCUCACCCUGACUUCUCUGCUACUCCUCUUGCAAGCGACAUGGCAGAUACAACACUCUAAAGGAACGGUGAUAUACUGCAUUAAAGAAGACAGCCAGAGGUUUUAAUGGAUGGACAGCAGCAGACAGUAAUGAGAAGGUGCAAAGAGAAAGUACUUUACACUGCAGCAAAGCACACAUAAGCUGUUAAAAGUGUUCCCUGGGUGUCCUCUGCAUCCAGGGUUGCUGCUAAAGGACAUUGUGUUAGCAAUCCCACAACCACAUGCCAAAUAUGAAUUCUUUAAAAUACUUAAGUAAAAUUAACGGUUCCUUUAUUAUUAUUUUUCCCUCUUUCCCACCCUCCUGUGUAAUGCAUGAAGAUUCACAUGGAAGGUUUUUUUAUUUUAUUAUUAUUUGAACAUGUUUAACACUGAGCUAUUAAUGGUCCCUUUUUUUAAAGCAAAUAAUUAAAAAUAUACAGAGGGUAGAAAUACAGACUGGUUUUAAAUACAAAAAAAUGGUGAGGCACAUUUGCCAACGUGACCAAUAUUUAGUCAACUCAUGAGUAAAUGUUCAGGAGAGGUGCAGUAUUAAGGGUACAGCACAAUACGGAGCUCUGGAGAGAAGGGAGUAGGGUGAAAUAUUUAAAUUCACGGUUUGUGAUCUAUGAUCUUUAUGAUGAGAGAAACUGCACACACAGAAAUAUAUGCAUUUUCAAAAGGUGUACAUACAUAAUUAGUGGUUGUAGUGAUUAUCAUAUUAUUCAGCCCUACUGCAGAACUUAUGCAAACGUGAUUAAAGCCAGAAAACUGUCAGUUGAGCUAUAGAAAUAUGAUGUCUCCUUUACAAUCCUGUAUUAUAUUGUUCCGAUUCUUGCCGGAUAAAAAGUUUACUCAACUUGCAGUAAUGGCACUUCUACUAUAAGACACAUUGCUUUGCUUGCAUUCUUCAGGUUUUUUUUUUUUUCUUCUUAUAAAUUAUUUGCAUACAUUAAUACUAUUUUCAUAGUUUCUUUAUAUUAAUUUCUCCAUGUUCAUUUCGUUCUAAAUGGGGUGGGUUUUUUUUUGUGUCUUAUGUUUCAUGCUUCCAGCGGCCUGUGCACUUGCCCUUUUAUAAAGUUGACAAAAUGCAAACAUGCUGUGUCAGGAACAUGCUUUGCACUUUACAGGUGAUCAAAACGUGUGUAAAUCUGGCAGACAGUUCUUGUUCAGUUUGGGUUACACAAGAAUUUACAGGCUUGGUGUUCUAAUUAAAUAUAGGGGUGUAACAGUACACGUAUGCGUACCAAAGUUUUUCGGUACAGGGCUUACGGAUCUGUGUUCCCUCAGGAAAAUAAGCGGUGGACCACAAGUUUGUUUAGUCUCCGCCUCACACUUUAAGCACAUUUGUUUCAUUACUUUGAUACUUCAAUACAUACACAACAAUACCAGGGGUAUAAAAAAAAUAAAAAAAUAACUAGUUAGCGCAGUGUCACUGUGGCUAACCAGAAAGUGGCUAGCAGCUAACGCUAGCACUGUGGUUUUUAGCUUUUUAUGUUUAGCUUUAAGAAUUUCUCUUUAAAAGUAGAAAAUCCUGACAAUUUCACAAAUCAACGGAGUGAAUGAAGACUAAAGUAUGCUGAAAUAAGUAGAAUUGUUAAGUAGAUCAUAUCUUGAGAAAAUAAAAUAUUAAAUGUAAAACACACACACACACACACACCUGUAUUACUCAAAUUGGGUCUUACCCAGUUUAAUCAACAUAUAUAGUUAGUUAUAAAUGACAAGCAAUUUUGUUUUGCAUUUCUUCCCUCUAACUGUACCAAAACUGAACCGAGCUGUGACUUAAAAACCAAGGUUUGUACCGAACCGUGAAUUUUGUGUACGUUACACCCCUAUUUAAUAAUAUACAUUUUUUAAAUAAGUGCACCUAUUUGUUUCAGCUUUGUUUCCCAACUAAGCCUUGUGACAUGUUUAUCUGAACGGUGCUGUCUGGAUUUUUUAUUUUUUUUAAUUGUCUAUUUUAUUGUCUCUUUCCUUAAUGUGAUGCAGCAUUUUAAUUUUGGGAUAUGUCUCGGUUUUAUUUGGACUGAAUUGGAUUUUUAAGAGCCUUUCUUGCCCAGUAUGUGGUGAUUACUGUUUUUGCACACAAAAAAUAUGCAUUCGCUCUGAAAAGUUCACAUAUUUUUACAGUGCCUUACAUAUUCAUAUUAGAUUGAUCAUAAAUUAAGAUUUAUGAACAUCAAAAUAAAAAAUGGUAUUGUAGAUUUGGAUUUCUGUCGUGGACGUGAUUUUUAGCAAAUGAUCGGAGUUUAUUGUGCUAAUGAAAACCAUUUUAGGAUACAAGCAUUGAAAAAUAAGUAUUUAUUUAUAUAUAUUUUAUUCCUUGUAAAAAAAAAAAAAAAAAAUGUAAACCCUAAUGUAAUAAGUACUUCCUGUUGGUUUAUGCAGUACAGUAAAAAAAAAAAAAAUAAAUGCUGAUCUGUUUCCUAGUUUCUAUAAAACUGCAUGUUACAGAUUUUGUUUUUAGGUGAAUCUUCAUUUUAUACUCUUGGCUGUGCUGAAAGUGCCUGACUGGGUUUAUAACAAGGUUGUUUCAUUAUUAAUAGUAUCUCCGUAUGUCUUAAAGGAAUUUGUGCAUAUCAUGUUCUUCUUUUUUUUGUAUUACUGUAUGUAUGAUUGAGAUGAGUUUUUUUAAUGAGGUGCCCAAAGCCUUACUAAGACACUUUAUACUGUUUUGUUUAUCUUUCAUUUGCCACCUUUCUGUAGCUCUUUAAAAUGAGGUCAAUAAAAGCAACUUGACAAAUCAA